AUGGCGAACAAGUUGGAAUUCAGAGGACUCCCUCCUCUCGCGAUCGCCAUCCUUUCCCUUCUCAUUGCCCUCGCACAGAUUGCCGUUUCCGACGACAAAAUCCCGAUACCCGCCGAUAAAUCCCAAGUGAACGCCUGGUUCCAACAGAACGUGCAGGCUUUCGAGGCUCGAAAGGGCACGUUGGACCCAAACCUGGAGGCUGCCGAGGCCACCCCGAAGGUGAUUAGGGUGUGCCAAGAUGGGAGUGGCGAUUUCAAGACGGUGACCGAGGCCAUCAACAGCAUCCCCGCGGGAAACAGCCAGCGCGUGAUCGUGUCAAUCGCGGGCGGCGUGUACAAGGAGAAGAUCACGAUCGAAAGGACCAAGCCUUUCGUGACCUUGUACGGAUCGCCUAACGACAUGCCAAAGCUCACGUAUUCAGGGACGGCUCAGCAGUACGGGACGGUCGACAGUGCCUCCAUCAUCGUUGAGUCCGAUUAUUUCGUGGGCGCCAACCUUAUUAUCGAGAAUUCUGCGCCGAGGCCCGAUGGGAAGGCAGCAGGUGGACAAGCAGUGGCUUUGAGGACUUCCGGUGACAAAGCAGCCUUCUACAAUUGCAGGAUGCUAGGGUUUCAGGACACGCUCUGCGACGAUAGGGGCUUCCAUUUCUUCAAGGAUUGCUACAUCGAGGGCACCGUGGAUUUCAUCUUUGGAUCGGGGACUUCUAUUUAUUUGAACACCGAAUUGCGUGUCCUGGGAGACAGUGGAUUGAGCGUGAUAACGGCUCAAGCUAGGCAAAGCAACACGGAGGACACCGGCUAUUCGCUCGUGCAUUGCAGCAUCACUGGAACCGGCAAUGGCACGUUCUUGGGAAGAGCUUGGAUGCCCAGCCCGAGGGUGAUCUUCUCUUACACCGACAUGAGCAGUGUCAUCAACCCCCUCGGCUGGUCCGACAACUUCCAUCCCGAACGCCAGAGCACGGUGACGUUCGCAGAGUACAAGUGCUCGGGGGAGGGAUCGACCCCGGCGGGGCGGGCCAAGUUCGCAAAGCAGCUUAGCGACGCAGACGUCCAAACCUUCAUCUCCUUGUCCUACAUCGUCGGCUCCAAGUGGCUUCUUCCUCCUCCUAGAGUAUAG